AAGCCCCGCUCCCGAGACGCCCCGCCUCUUCCCGGAAGCCUGAGUCCCAGACGGCCAGGCCUUCCCCACGUGGGUCGCGGGCUGAGCGGUCCCAGGGGCGACCCAGCGGCGGGUCUGGGGGAGGGAGGCGGGGCUCCGCGUCCGACCCCCGCUCCUACCCGGCAUGAACCGCUACCUCCUGCCGCUCUCCGUGCUGGGCACGGUGGCGGGUGGCGCCGUGCUGCUCCGAGACUAUGUUGCCGGAGGGUCCUGUCCCAGCAAGGCCACCAUUCUCGGGAAGACCGUCAUUGUGACCGGCGCCAACACGGGCAUCGGGAAGCAGACCGCCUUGGAGCUGGCCAAAAGAGGAGGCAACAUCAUUCUGGCCUGUCGGGACAUGGAGAAGUGUGACGCGGCAGCAAGGGACAUUCGCAGGGAGACCCUUAAUCACCACGUCAGCGCCCGGCACCUGGACUUGGCCUCCCUCAAGUCCAUCCGAGAGUUCGCGGCGAAGAUCACCGAAGAGAAAGAGCGCGUGCACAUCCUGAUCAACAACGCGGCUGUGAUGCGGUGCCCCCACUGGACCACCGAGGACGGCUUCGAGAUGCAGUUUGGCGUUAACCACCUGGGUCACUUUCUCUUGACGAACUUGCUGCUGGACACACUGAAAGCCUCGGCCCCUUCGCGGAUCAUCAACCUCUCGUCCUUGGCCCACGUCGCCGGUCACAUGGACUUUGAUGACUUGAACUGGGAGAAGAGGACGUACGACACUAAAGCGGCUUAUUGCCAGAGCAAGCUGGCCGUCGUCCUGUUUACCAAGGAGCUGAGCCGGCGGCUGCAGGGCACGGGUGUGACUGUCAACGCUCUGCACCCCGGCGUGGCCAGGACGGAGCUGGGCAGACACACGGGCAUGCACAGCUCUGCCUUCUCCAGCUUCACGCUCGGGCCCAUCUUCUGGCUGCUGGUCAAGAGCCCCCAGCUGGCAGCCCAGCCCAGCACGUACCUGGCCGUGGCAGAGGAACUGGAGGGCGUUUCUGGAAAGUACUUUGAUGGAUUCAAAGAGAAGCCUCCAGCCCCUGAAGCUGAGGAUGAGGAGGUAGCCCAGAGGCUUUGGGCUGAAAGUGCCCGCCUGGUGGGCUUGGAGCUGUCCGGUGGUUCGUCUCCUCAGUGAGGGGACAGCCCCUCCCAGAAUAACCUUUGGGAGCAGGUGUCAAAAGCACGCGGGAGGCUGAAUCACCUUGGAUGCAGCAGCCAGACCAAGGCUGGCUGCUCUGUCUGCAGCACCCUCUAGGUGGCAGUGUUUGCCAAGGAAUUCUGGCUGCCACGCCUACGUCACCCUCUAGGUGGCAGUGUUGGCCAAGGAAUGUUGACUGCCAUGCCCACGUCACCGUCUAGGUGGUAGUGUGGACCCCACAGGUCCAAGACCCACCAGUGCUGGCACUCGUGCCCACGGCACCCUCUAGGUGGCAGUGUUGGCCGUGUGAGCCUCAAGACCAAGGUUGUCGUGCGCGCAGCGCCCCCUAGAUGGCAGUAUUGCUCAAGGACCAAUGGCCGAUACGUCCACACCAUCCGGUAGGGAUCCCUCGUGGCUCUUGCCUCCUCUCAGGCACAGUGGACCCGGCUGCAGGUGCACACCUGGCCCAUCGGCCGGCAGGGGCACGGGGCCAUCAGACACCUGCCUUGUGCAUGUCACUGGGAACUGCUGAGGGAGGAAUCCGCUCCCUCUGCAGUCGCCGCGGCAGGAGAGCCAAUGACGGCCACGGUGCCGAACUGUACACCCCUGGGAAAGCUGUCAGCCGGACAGGAUCAAGUUCACGGUUCCCUGAGGGACCGUGCCCACCCGCAGUCGCCUGUCCGAGCCUCGGUUUCUCCCACCGUAGAAUGUGCAGAAUAACUUGACUACCUCCUAGGAUGGUCUGGUGGUGGGUGAGUUAUCGCCCGGCGCGGUGAGUGGCAGCUGUGUGUUCCUUGCUGGCACCAAAAAGCUCGGUAAUCAAGAUACGAAUACCUUAACAUUAAAAAAAUGUGACAUUUGAGGUACGUGGGGAGCCCAGGGAUGCCGUUCCCCGUCCACAGAACAGCGAAUGAUCGUGCCCCCGAUGCCAGCGAUGCCGAGGGAGGGAGUGGAAAGGCAUUAAAGACGGCCCAAAGCCUUAGAAGUACAGUUAGUUUUCUUUCUGUUACCACAUCAGACCACAACAGCCGAAGGGUACGUUUGGGAUGAACGGACUCCGGUUGGCACCUUCCAGCACGGACCCCAACGAUCCCCACCUCCCCCUGUUCAUGUCCUUCUUACCCUCUGAGAGAGGGCUGGACCUAGCUACUCACUUCCAGCAAAAAGAAUGCAGCCGAGCUGACGGAACAGCCGGUUCUGUGGUCAGGCUACUGAUCGGCAUCUGUCGUGCUGGCCCUCGCCCUGCCUCGCCGAGAGGAGCUGUGAGCUGUCCUGUGCAGACAUCCCAGUGGCCGGGAUGGCCAGAGAGGAACUGAGGCCUCAGUGCAGCAAUCCAGGGGCAGGUGUGAACACCAGGAGGUGGGAAUCAUGUUGGGGGGGGGGGCGGUUACCCUAAGAGCCUGUCCACCACAGGGAUACACCCCCCCCCCCACAUACAUACACAUGUGUGCGUGUAUCCUCAUAAAAUCUGUGUAUUUCUCCCUGUGGGAUCAGGGAAAAUACUUCUUUUUUUUAUUUUUAAGAAAUUUACAUCCUGGGCCCCUGGGUGGCUCAGGUGGUUAAGCAUCCGACUUCGGCUCAGGUCAUGAUCUCACGGUUCGUGAAUUCAAGCCCCACGUCUGGUUCUGUGCUGACAGCUCAGAGCCUGGAACCUGCUUCGGA